AUAGCUUCUUUGGGGAGAGCGCUCAACGUAUCGAAAUCACUUAAGGGGUCUGAAGGAAAUGGCCAAUUUUCGUGGUGGGUUGGAUCAAAUACCUAGACCUGUGAAGCUCAUUAUCAUUUGGAUCGACCAAAUUGGCAUGGAUACUAUAUUGCCCAGCCCAGAUAACGAAGCUACAUUCACGACUUUUCCAGAGCAGGAAGCUGCUUCCGCCACCUCAAGCACCUCUGAAGGUUCCAUGUUCAAAUCCAGCAAAUUGGUUGAGAUUCUGAAGUCCAUACGAUUUCUUACCACCACCCAAGUAGUCACAAAUCCUACCAACGCCGUUCCCUCGGAAGAUUUUCGAGCCUCAUGCUCCAUAGUCCAAUAUCAGCUUGAACAGCUACUUGCAAAAACUGCCCCCUCAAUCCUAGAAGACUGCUGUAUUCUGGCAGCGAUUAUUUAUGUCAACUUGAUUCUUCUUGAUACUCCCUCCGUGGAAGUAAUCAAAUCCAAAGUCACCAGGCAGCUUCAUGAGAUGAUAAUACCGCUAAGGAGAGCGAUAGAGUUGAAGGAGAAUGGGGAUAUUGUCACCUGGGUAUCAGCAACGGCAUCCGCUAUCUUUGGCAGUAGAGACAGCCAAAAGGCCGGUAUUAUUGACAAGUUUAAAGUGGCCCUGGCAGUAUUAGAGGCUCGUAUUCUAUUUUAAAAAUCAACCAACACUCCCCAGAAUUUGAGAGGGCAAAACGCUCGGGAGAUGGAUUGCGUUCAUUCUACUUAUGGUUCGAUGAUUUAAGUGCAACCAUCCCAUUUUCGACGUCAACUAUAAGUCUCGAGGCGGAGAGAAAGUCAGCGCAGCAUAGCCUCGCAUUGCUCUCGGCGUGACCCACAUGACUUGGCUCAAGGACACCCACCACACCCCCUCAUAUCUAUUACCACGGCCAACAAGCCUCUUUUUUAUUCACAACAAGCAUUUUAACAGGCCAUCAAAGGAAAAUUGAAAAAGG